AUGAGGAGAUGAUGAGUAAAUGAAUGAACAUUUUAUUUUCAUGUAAUUUCAUCAUCAUAGGCGUUAAAAUUCUCUCAAAAACAUGCCGAUAAAUAAGUUCUUGCCACGAUCCAUGCAAGAUGCAACGUGCCAUGAACAUUCCCUAGAAAUAGAAUAAAACAGAGGAUUCAGUGGAAGAUCUUAAAAAUAAAUUUCUCUUCCACUCGGGCCAUUGACUAAAAGCAUAAGAAAAAAAUAUCAUAUCCUUCUUCUGGUGAGGUCUUUUUCAUUAAGAUAGCACAAUAAUUCACCCACCGCCUUAAUACAUGCCAUUCUGGUUCAUGGUAGGCACGUUGAAAAACACGCAUCUCUCAACAGAAGCUUAAAGACGGCGUUUUCAGACUGCAAACACCCAUUAAAUAAACAGAAAAUCCCUUUAGUCCCAAGUUAUCCACACCACUAUAUAUAAGAAUUAAUAACAAUUCCAAUAGACACAACAAGCAUAUAAGUUGAGAGGGGCUCUUGUAUAAAAAAACAUCUUAUAAGCCAAUACUAGAAAUGGCAGGCUGGUGCUCAAGUGAAGCCGCAACACGAGUUCGUGUGCGCGUGCGUUCUCGUGUUCGAGUCCGUUCACCUUCUCAGAGUCAGAAGUACUCGAAAACACCAAGCUUCACCAAAGCAAAAGAAAAGUCAAAGCUUCCACACGAAAAAAAUGAAUUCGGCUUCAAUAGUUACUUGCCCGAGUCCGAAAAUGGGAAUCGAGUGAUGGUUGUGGUUGAUUCGAGUCCAGAAGCCACAGGGGCUCUUGAGUGGGCACUCUCUCACACUGUUCAAAGCCAGGACACUAUCAUUCUUUUGCAUGUUGCCAAAAAAGAUGAAAAGACUGGCGACGAAAUCAGUAAACGAGCAUACAAUAUUUUACGCCCCAUAAAAAAUGCGUGCCAACUGAAAAGGCCUGAGGUGCAAGUCGAGAUGGUCGUCCGAGAAGGAAAGGAAAAGGGAGCAGUUAUUGUUGAGACAGCAAAAAGACUUAAGGCAUCACUGCUUGUCCUAGGACACAAAAAAAGAUCAUUUUUUAGGCGCUUUCAGAUGAUUUGGGGUAGCAAGAAAAGAACCCAUAAUAGGGUUGUGGACUACUGCAUCCAAAAUGCUAAUUGCAUGACAAUAGCCGUGCGAAGGAAAAACAAGAAACACGGAGGAUAUUUGAUCACCACAAAACGUCACAAGAACUUUUGGCUCCUGGCCUAG